AUGGCGACGGCCUUCAGCACAGCCGACGCAGCUAUCAUUGAGCACCAAGUCGAGCUCAAUGAAGAUGCUGUUCAAGCUACGGCCCAUGAAUCUGGACGCAACAUUAUGGACUUAUACGAUGUUGAAGCUACAGCUCAGCGGCUCGUAAUGCAGCGUGGCUCCUCCAAUUUGAUUACACCGCCGCUGCAGCGCGUUGCUUUGCAAUUCCCUGAUGAGGCUUUGAUCGAUUCUGUGCCACUUUUUCAUGCGUUGAACCAGGCACUGAAAAAUCUUACAGAUACACCACCUUCAUUGUACAUCCUGGCUGACACAAGUUAUGGCAGUUGCUGCGUAGACGAGGUGGCUGCGGCGCACGUCCGAGCGGAUGCCAUUGUGCAUUAUGGCCAUACCUGCCUAAGCACUACAGCGACAUUGCCUGCAUUGUACGUCUUCCCAAAACGUGAUAUCGAUAUCGAAGCAGCCGUGCAAGGCCUCUUAGAGGCAGCUACACAGCUCCCGAUCUCUGAUCGACGUGCUGUUGUGCUGACAUACGAUGUCGCCUAUACACAUGCUGCACACCACAUUUACGAACGGUUGAAAUCACAAUGGACCUCGCCUAUUCCCCUUAUUUUGUCUACAAUCGAUACCGCUUUUAAUUUCGAUGCGCAUAUGGCGGCACGAGACAGCGGUGCCUCGUGUGCCAAGAGCGACUCUUCGCAAGCUUGUGCAUGCACUACCUCGUGUACACGGCGGCCAGCACCUGCCACGUCGUCAGAUUCCACAUGUGAACCUAUAUCCUCCCUACUACAUGCUCGGCAGAUUCCAUUGCCUAGCGAUACGCCCCUCUCUUCCACGGCCGUAUUGUACUUGGGCGGCGAAUCUGCCGCUCUGACGCAUCUUCUUCUCACGCUAGGGCCUACGUUCCCUGUAGCCUCGUACGAUCCAAAAAUGAAUGCGGCUCGUAUCGAGACAGGCAAAACGAAUCGUCUGCUGAUGCGUCGUUAUGCUACCAUCCAAAAGGCUCGCGACGCGUCCGUCAUCGGGCUGGUCAUCGGCACGCUAGGGAUUCAUUCGUACUUGCCUCUGUUAAAAGAGCUGCGUCGUAUUCUUACCUCGCCCAUUUCUAAGCGCAAAGUGUACACUAUCAGUGUUGGGAAACUCAACCCGGCCAAGCUGGCCAACUUUCAAGAAAUCGAUGCGUUUGUGCUGAUUGCCUGCCCGGAAAACUCUUUGCUGGAUACCCGCGACUUUAUGCAGCCCAUCGUUACGCCAUGGGAAAUGAUGUUGGCUGUACAGGCGCAUGGUGGUAGGGAAGUGGCAUGGACCGGUGCGUAUGUACUGGAUUUCAGCGAUGUCAUGUCGCAUACGGCUGAAAUGGAUGUGCACGCGUCUGACGACGCAAGCGAUGACGAGCGUCCUCAUUACUCGUUUGCCACCGGCGCAUAUGUUUCGCGCACACGCUAUGGAGAUACCCAUACCACCAAAGAUAGCGUGUCUGAGACGGAGGGCCACAGUGAUGCAGCGACUACCACAAGCCAGGCAUUGCAGCAGCUUUCUUUGGAGCCUCAUCAACUGACAGUACGUGAUCCUAUUUCGGGUCAACUCCAAAAAGUGCUCGAUAGUGCGUCCCUAGCGCAUCGUGCGCAGCGUACAUGGCACGGCCUUGAUCCUAACGAAGGCACAGGACAUGCUGCGAUCCUCGAGCAAGGCAAGGCAGGGUUUGCCCAAGCCUACCGUGAUGCGGACGGCACCGUGGAGGGUCAUCUUGCCCCCUCUGGACCUCCAUAG